AUGGAAGGAUCCUCCCAAGGUGGAAGAAUGACAGAUGAUGAGAUAGCUGCACGCAUGAAGGCAGCAAUUCGGCCACAGAAACAAAAAGUGGAAGUUGUAGCACGUAAACAAGCAGAAAUGCAAAUUCGGUUAGAUGAAUAUGAUAGAAUGUUGCAGCAUGAAUAUCCAUGUCACCAUUUGUCCCACAACUCAGCCCAAUGUAGAUGGUCUCAGGGUAUCCGUUGCGGAUACUCACUAUCUGCUGGCGGAUACUCACUAUCUGCUGGCAGAUACUCACUAUCUGCUGGCGUAUACUCACUAUCCACUGGCGGAUACUUGCUAUCCGCUGGCUGA